GGGCAAUCCUGUUCCGCACAGGAGGGACAGUAAAUCAGGAAUUCAGUUCCCAAAAUGUGGCAGUUCUUGGCCACUCUGUGCAGCCUGGUCGUACUGACCAGUGCUUGGAGCAGAUUGUCCUUUCCUCCUCUUUCAGAUGAAAUGGUAAACUACGUCAACAAGCUCAAUACUACGUGGCAGGCUGGGCACAACUUCUGUAAUGCGAACAUGAGCUACGUAAAGAAACUCUGUGGUACCUUCAUGGGUGGAGCCAAGCUACUACCUCAGAGAAUGUUUUUGGCUGAUGGCAUGAAGCUACCAGAAAACUUUGAUGCUCAGGAACAGUGGCCAAACUGCCCAACCAUCAGGGAAAUUAGAGACCAGGGUUCCUGCGGUUCUUGCUGGGCAUUUGGAGCUGUGGAAGCCAUUUCUGAUAGGAUCUGUGUACACACUGGUGGAAAUGCCAAUGUAGAAGUCUCUGCUGAGGACCUGCUUAGCUGCUGUGGAUUUGAGUGUGGGGAAGGCUGUAAUGGUGGCUUUCCUUCUGGAGCUUGGAGGUAUUGGACCAAGAAAGGCCUUGUAUCUGGUGGCCUCUAUGAUUCCCAUAUAGGCUGCUGACCCUACUCCAUCCCUCCAUGUGAGCACCAUGUGAAUGGUUCUCACCCUGCCUGUACUGGAGAGACAGGGAACACCCCCAAAUGCAGAAAGAAGUGUGAAGCAGGCUAUUCUCUUGACUACAAAGAUGACAAACACUAUGGAUCAGCCUCUUACAGUGUACCUUCAAGUGAGGAGGAGAUCAUGGUUGAGAUCUACAAGAAUGGCCCUGUGGAAGGAGCUUUUCUCAUGUACACUGACUUCCUCCAGUACAAGUCUGGAGUUUACCAGCACAUUCCUGGAGAAAUGCUUGGAGGCCAUGCCAUUCGUGUCCUAGGCUGGGGUGUGGAGGAUGGUACCCCUUACUGGCUGGCUGCUAACUCCUGUAACACAGACUGGGGUGAUAAUGGCUUCUUUAAAAUUCUCCGUGGAAAGAAUCACUGUGGAAUAGAAUCUGAAAUUGUGGCUGGAAUUCCCCGAACAGAUCAAUAUUGGAGCAACUAACCUGCUGUCAUUUGCCCAACUUUAAUUUUUUUUUAAAAAAAGAAAAAAACUGGGGAAUGGGAGAAAUGAAUAUUUUUAAAAGACUUUGGAGCUGGAGAGAGAUG